AUGGCUGCUUCGGUCGCCACGGCUGCACCAACACUCUGCUCCAAGCCACGUAGUUUCCAAGCUCCAUCAGGCAGUCAGAGUCAGGCAUGGACAUCGGACGGGUAUAAAUCUCUGCAGGAUCACGUCGUGAUGAGCAUUGCAGAGACGCCGGCGUCGAAGAAGAUGGCUGCUCGAGGCGUCGCUCCCGUGCUUGCAGCAGCAAUGGUCGUUGCCGCAUUCGCCGCCGCCGCUACAAGUGUGCGAGCCAUCGGCGUGUGCUACGGCGUGAUAGGCAGCGGCCUCCCUUCCAAGAGCGACGUGGUGCAGCUCUACAAGUCCAACGGCAUCGCCAGCAUGCGCUUCUACUUCGCCGACCAGGACCUCCUCACCGCGCUGCGCGGCUCGGGCAUCGCCCUCGCCCUCGACGUCGGCAACGACAAGGUCGGUGAGCUCGCCUCCGACCCCGCCGCCGCCGCGUCCUGGGUCCGGGACAACGUGCAGGCCUACUACCCGGACGUGGACAUCCGGUACGUCGUGGUCGGGAACGAGGUCCCCGGCGCGGCGUCGGUGCUCCAGGCCAUGCAGAACGUGCACGCCGCGCUCGCGUCGGCCGGGCUCGCGGCCAGCGUCCGCGUGUCCACGGCGGUGAAGAUGGACGCGAUCGAGAAUUCCUCGCCGCCGUCUAGCGGCGUGUUCAAGGACCCCGCCGCGAUGUCGCCCAUCGUGCAGUUCCUGGCCAGCAACGGCGCGCCGCUGCUCGCUAACGUGUACCCCUACUUCGCGUACGAGUACAGCGAUGGCAUCGACCUCGACUACGCGCUGUUCCGGCCGAGCUCCACGACGGUGACGGACCCCGCCAACGGGCUGGUGUACACAAACCUCUUCGAUGCCAUGGUGGACGCCGUCCGUGCCGCGCUGGACAAGGCCGGCGGAGGCGGCGGCGGCGGCGUCGACGUCGUGGUGUCGGAGAGCGGGUGGCCGUCCGCCGACGGGAAGGGCGCCACUGUGGACAACGCGCGGACGUACAACCAGAACCUCAUCGACCAUGCUGGCAAGGGCACGCCGAGGAAGCCGGGGCCCAUGGAGGUGUACGUGUUCGCCAUGUUCAACGAGGACCAGAAGGACGGGGACCCCACGGAGAAGAAGUUUGGGCUCUUUAAUCCGGAUAAGACACCAGUUUACCAUAUUAAUUUCGCGGGAAAUUGA